ACUCGUCCUCAUCCUCAUUUAGCUGCAGCCUGCUUCCUUCCUGAGUGUUUGAGGAUUAAGGGGCAAGACCACAGGAUUGGGACUGGGAUUGGAAGGCUGGGACCAGACUGGACUGGAUUAUUGUUGUGCUUUUGGAGAAACAAGACUGGAAGCAGACUGAUAGUCGAAUAUGUUGAAGUUACGGAUAGUGGAGUUGGAGUAAAAACCCAACUUUGACUGUGAUAGACCUUAUCCACACUGUUAUUUGGAAUGGUAGCACCAUUGCUGAUGGAGGACCUGAGUGCCUGAUGACCUCAGUCCAGAAGAAAGACAGGAGCUGGAGAGCAUCCGGCGCCGAAAACAAGAGUUACUGCAGGACAUACAAAGGCUGAAGGAUGAGAUAGCAGAGGUGACCAGUGAGAUUGAAAACCUGGGCCUGACUGAAGAGAGGAAAAGCAUGCAGAGGAAUAAACAGAUGGCCAUGGGCCGGAAGAAGUUCAACAUGGACCCCAAGAAGGGGAUCCGCUUCCUGAUCGACUGCUCCCUGCUGAAAAACACCAGUGAUGACAUUGCUCAGUUUCUCUACAAGGGGGAGGGGCUUAAUAAGACUGCAAUUGGUGACUACCUGGGGGAAAGAGAUGACUUUAACAUCGAGGUUCUUCACGCCUUCCUGGAACUGCACGAGUUCACAGAUCUAAACCUGGUCCAGGCUCUCAGACAGUUUCUGUGGAGCUUCAGGCUGCCUGGCGAGGCUCAGAAGAUCGACCGCAUGAUGGAGGCCUUCGCCCAGAGAUACUGUCACUGUAACCCCGGAGUGUUUCAGAGCACAGACACAUGUUACGUGUUGUCGUUUGCUGUGAUCAUGCUGAACACCAGUCUACACAACCCAAAUGUGAAGGACAAACCAUCUGUUCAGAGGUUCACGGCCAUGAACAGAGGCAUCAACGACGGAGGAGACCUGCCUGAGGAGCUGCUCAGGAACCUGUACGACAGUAUCAAGAACGAACCCUUUAAAAUCCCAGAGGACGAUGGGAACGACCUGACGCAUACCUUCUUCAACCCAGACAGAGAGGGCUGGCUUCUCAAACUCGGAGGUGGACGAGUGAAGACCUGGAAGAGGCGCUGGUUUAUUCUCACAGAUAACUGCCUCUACUACUUCGAAUACACAACUGAUAAGGAACCCAGAGGGAUUAUUCCACUGGAAAACCUGAGCAUCAGAGAGGUGGAAGACUCCAAGAAACCGAACUGUUUUGAGCUUUUCAUCCCGGACCACAAGGAUCAGGUGAUAAAAGCCUGUAAGACGGAGGCGGACGGCCGAGUCGUCGAGGGCAACCAUACGUUUUACAGAAUCUCUGCCCCGACCGCGGAGGAGAAAGACGAAUGGAUCAACAGCAUCAAAGCUGCCAUCAGCAAAGACCCCUUCUAUGAGAUGUUAGCCGCUCGCAAAAAGAAAGUGUCCAGUCUGAAGGGGCUGUAGAAGAGGCACGAGGUCGAACAGUCAAUCAGGAAACGUGUUUGUUGAGUCCAGUGGACAUGGACGUGAGCGCUGUAGACAUGGACCUACAGGACGGAGCUCCUGGACCCUCUGCUCCUCCUCCUCCUCCUCCAUCUCCUUCUGCUUCUGUACAGGUCUGACCUUCUGCUCAGUGUAUCAUUUCUCACACAUUUCAGACUCGUUCAUGACGACGUUUCCAUCCAC